UUACGUCAGUUAGGCGUGUUUGUGGUUGUGACUUGUGAUAACUCAGUUGAUUUUCUUCGUCAUUACUUGAGAGUCUAUUAAUAAACGUGCGAGUGGAUGAUUUGGAAUAAACUUUACAGUUUCUGGACCGGCGAUAGCGGUGCUGAAAAAAUGAACGUCCGUGAAGUUAUUGAAGAUUUAACACAAGUGUCUAUCGAGGUACGACAAGAGGUGACGAGCGUCACGAACCCUCGAGAAAAAGAGAAGAUUGCUCUACGGCAUAUCAAGAAAUACGCUGCAAAGGACGCGUGUGCCAACGAGUUUCAAAAAGGUAUUCUAGUCUUUACUCCUAAUGUCAUCCCCGGACGUGAAGCUAUUAAAAAAGUCAUUGAAUUACAAGUCAGAUGAAGAAUCUAGGGUUGAAAUUACAAAGGAGUAUCAAGAGCUUGUGGAAACAGAACAGAAGCUUGACCAAGAGUUAAAACAGCUGAAAGCCAAAGGAACUGACGGAUCUUCAAUGGAACACACGAUGCAUCAGCUUCAUAAGUAUAACGAUAUUAAAGACGCCGCUCAAAUCAUCCUUGGAGCAAUGGCCAGAGCAAAUGGAGUCACGAUCGCCAGUUUGCAUGAGAAAUAUGAUUUACCCCUUGAAGACUGAUUUCAUCUAACAAUCUAGACCAAAACCUGCUUAGAAUGGUUCAACGUCUCGCGGAGUAUCUCUAUGCGCCAGGACCUCACUGGGAAAAUAUGCGUUCUCGACUUCUUCACCUACUGCUGUAUCAAUUGCAUGCAUAUAUUACCAGACUUGGCUGCUCUUGAGAAAAAAUUUUCUAUCGAGGAUGGCCUUGUUGUUAUCGGUGUUCACAGUGCAAAGUUUGCCAAUGAAAAGGAUUCGAGUAAAAUUUUAGCUGCUGUUCAGAGAUACAAUAUUGCACAUCCUGUUGUUAAUGAUGCCAAACUUUCUAUGUGGCAAGACAUUGGAAUUGUCUGUUGGCCUAGUUUAGUGAUUUUAGGACCAAAGGGACAACCACUGUUUGCCUUAGUUGGCGAAGGCCACAGAGAAGAAAUGUUCUUGUACAUUAAAGUUGCCCUUGCGUAUUUCAAGUCUUUGAAUGAAAUAUCUGAUCAUUCUUUGCCGCUAAAGCCAUCACAACAUUUGCUACCGGUCUCAAAAGAUACUCUCUUAUUUCCUGGCAAGAUACAUUUGGCUAAUAUUAAAAAUAAGGACAGAAUGGUCAUCGCUGACACAGGAAAUAACAGGAUUUUGAUUAUGGACCUUAAAGGGAAGGUCGAACAUGUUGUGGGUGGAUACGCUCCUGCUUUUAGAGAUGGCAAUUUUCAAACUGCUAGAUUUAAUGCGCCGCAAGGAAUUUGCAGUCUCGGGGAUGAAAUUUUUGUUGCGGAUACAGAAAAUCACGCAAUUAGAAAAAUCGACCUUGUUUUGCAAACAGUGACAACAUUGGUAGGUACAGGUGAACAAAGCCAUGAUUAUGUUGGCGGAAAUGUUGGUAAGGCUCAGAGCCUAUCUUCCCCAUGGGAUGUGGCGAUACAUCACCAUAAGCAGGAAGAAAAAUCUGUGCCAGUCUUGAUGAUUGCCAUUGCAGGCACACAUCAGAUAUGGGGCUUCUUCUUGGAAGACACUAUAUGGUGGAAAAAGAAAUCAAUAACGGCAGGUACCUGUAUCGCAAUAGUCGGAAGUGGGAGAGAAGAAAAUCGUAAUAACUCUUAUCCUCAUGCUGCUGGCCUAGCCCAACCCUCGGGCUUAGCGUUGGCAAGGGAAAAGAAUAUGCUUUUUUUCGCAGACAGUGAGAGCAGUUCUGUCAGAGUUGUUCACUUGGAUGAUGGAAAAGUUUCUGGUGUAUGCGGCGGUGAUAGGAAUCCUGGGAAUUUACAUGACUUUGGAGACAUAGAUGGAAGGCAAUGUUCAGCAAAGCUACAGCACCCGUUAGGUUUGGCUUGGGAUUCCGUUGAUUCGGUUGUAUAUAUUGCAGAUACAUACAAUCAUAAAAUAAAAAAAGUCGAUCUCCUCGGAAACUGUCGCACUCUUUACGGAGCCGGAAAACCAACUGCAAACCACAAGUUUGAUGAACCAAGCGGAUUAGCUGUACAUCUAGGCAGCAGAAUCAUUUACGUCGCUGACACUAAUAACCACCGUAUUGUGUCUAUAAGCUUGGAGGACAAUAAAAUUGACACCAUCUCUGUUGAUUUGCCAAGUGAAACAACGCAUUCUGAUGGUACUUACAAGUUUGAUGCAGAAGUUAGUUCAGACGGUGGUAACUUGGAGAUUGCAUUGGACGUAAAGUUCAUGAACGAUCUCAAGCUUAAUUCAGAUGCUCCCCAAAGAUGGUCGGUAAAUUUGCCAGACAAAUGGACUACCCAAGCUUCUAAAGGUGAUUUGAAAACUCCGAUAACUCUGAAUAUACCCAAAGGAGAAUUGACAGUGGAAUUCAUCAUUAGUUUAGAUAUAAUAACGUGCAAGACUGAUGAAUGUAUACCAAAAAAAUUAGACUUGGUAUUUACCAUACGUAGAAAUUCCAAAGCACAAUCAAAAGUCAAGCUUAACGAAAUAUUAGAAAUUGAAUGAACACUUAUUUCACAUUUAAUAGGAUAUAAACAUGCUUCAUUAACACAAACAUAUUUAGGUUAAAUAAUAAUGUGGCAAUAAUUACCUUGGCUUGAGAAUUCCCUGGAUGUCUCUUAAGUCGCAUCGCACACUAACUGUUAUAUUCAACUUUAUAGAACAAUAAUAUUUUUAUAAUGAAAAUAUAAACGUCUACAUUUGAUAAA